AUGUGUGAUAAUACAAUAACAAAAGAGGAUAAUAAUAGUAAUCCCGAUCUUAAUUUAAAUGAACAAAGUAAAAAUGAUGAAAAUAAGGAAAAUAUACCUACCGGAAAAAAACAUAUUAUACUUAAAAUAAAGAAAUAUAAUAGUGGGUUUUCGGGAAAUUUGGUUAUGGAGGCCAUGAAGAAGGCAUCCAAAUUUAUCGCUGACAAUGAAAGAAUUCAAAAAGAAUAUAGUGGCGUUGGAUUAAAUAACAAUGAACCUGCCUCUGAAAAAAAUAACAAUGAACCUGCCUCUGAAAAAAAUAACAAUUUGAAUUAUAAAACAACAGUUAAUGAAGACAAGCAUACACUCAGCCUUAAUACAAUUCCAUUGCAAAAGAAGUUCUUGCUAGGAGCAAAGGCAGUUUUACCAGGGGAUAAUCAGGAAUUAUUGGAAAAAUUAAAAAACAGAAAAGUUUAA